GCCGAGGGCGGGACGAAAGCGGUAGUAGAUGAGAUGAGAUGGGAUGGGAUGAGAUGGUGACAGGCGAAGGAUAGAUGCGGGUGCGGGUCGGGUGUCGUUGUGUACGGUGGGAUGCGAUGCGAUGCGAUGCGACACGGUACGACUCAGUCCCCCAAGGUUAGAGGUUCAGAGGUCAGACAGAUGGAUAUUUAACUAUCUCUAUCUAUUACUGACCGAGGGGGGUGGUGGUGGUGGUGGUUAUGCUGGUGGGGAGGGUUCAGAGAACUGCAAACGGCAGCGCUCGUGCUCGCAAUUGUCUGUGAGGCGGGUGCGACUGUGCCAGGUGAGACUGUGCCGGGUGCCAGGUGCCAGGUGCCAGAUGCCAGAUGGGAUGGAGCAGAUGAGUGGAACUUCGUCUAAUGGGAGAUUCCUGGUCUGGGACUGUCUGUUCUGGCCGGCCAGAUGCUAGAUGCGAGAUGCUAGAUGCGGAGCGAGAGAGGCAAAAGCAAGGCGCUGGACUGGAUGCGUGGGGACCGCGUGUGGCUUGCUGCUUGCUUCUGCUGCUUGCUUAUUCCUCGUGGACAAGAGUAUGUACGAGUAGA